GCCAGGUAGAGCCUUCCCGCGGCCAGGUACAGCCUUCCCGGCCUCCCACCCGCGCAGCUCGCUCCGCCUCGCCUCAGGGGGAUUUUUCCCCUUCCCCUCCCUUGUUUCUCCCCCUUUUUUCCCUUUUCCCCGUUUCCCGGGCCUGUUUCCCUGUCCCGUGCGGGGCGCGGGGGGAUGAGCAGCGGGCUGGUGGACGCGGCGGUGUUGGCACCGCUCAAACCCGUCAGCAUGUCCGGGGAGCCCAGCGAGGACAGCCCGGUCUUCGAGGACAUCAAAGGCCCCUCGCGGCCCCUGGAGACCCCUCCCGAGCUGGCGCAGCUGCACCCCAUGAGGAUGGACCAGCGGAUGCCGCCGCUCAUCCUGGAGGCACGCUCAGAGAUGGACAAGUACCUGUCCAGCGAGGUGCCGCCCGUGCCCAUGCUCCCAGACAAGAAGUACCGCCGCGAGAGCGCCUCGGUGGUGGACGAGUUCUUCUCCACGGAGAAGCCCAGCUCGGCGCCCUACAGUGUGAACAUCAACGUCAUCCUGCCCGACACCACCCACCUGCGCACGGGGCUCUACCGGCCCCCCAAGCCCGUGGCCCCCUUCCCGCAGAUCAAAUCCGAGCCUGGCAGCGCCUUCUCCCAGCCCUGCUCGUCCUCCUCCGGCCCCACGCAGACCCUGCCCGACUUCACCAGCGUGUUCAGCAUGCCCCAGUCGGUGGCGGUCAACAACAUCUUCAUCAAGCAGGAGAUGCCCGCGGAGAUCCCGCUGUCAGCCCACCCGCAGCAAUCCCAGCUCUUCCAGCUGCCCCUGGGCGCCGCCAGCGCCGACAUUCCCACCCUGGCCUCCUCCUCCAGCAGCACCACGGCCAUCAGCUGCCUCAGUGGGGUCACCAUGUCCACGGGCUCGGUGGCCAGCGUGGCACACAGAGCCGUGCAGCCAGCGGGGCCCCUCAAGCAGUACCCGCACGUGGCCCAGGGACAGGGCAGCUUUGGGAACAUCUCCGGGCAGUUCUAUCCCGCCCCGGGGGUGACUCUGCCCCCCUCGCCCCCCAACUCGCAGCCCGGCAGCCCCGAGAACCAGCCCGAGCUCAUCAACACCAUCUCUCCGCCGCCCUCCUACGAGGCCACCUUUGGACUGAAGCUGGUGCAGUCGGCCCAGGUGCCCCCAGGGCCCACCGGCGUCGGGGGCCUCUCCCAGGGCCACGUGGUGAUGCAGCCCCCCAAGUACAACCGGCGCAACAACCCCGAGCUGGAGAAGAGGAGGAUCCACCACUGUGACUACCCAGGUUGCUCAAAGGUUUACACCAAGAGCUCCCACCUGAAGGCACAUCAGAGGACUCACACAGGUGAGAAGCCCUACAAGUGCACGUGGGAGGGCUGUGACUGGCGCUUCGCCCGCUCGGACGAGCUCACCCGGCACUACCGCAAGCACACGGGCGCCAAGCCCUUCAAGUGCCUGGCGUGCGGCCGCUGCUUCUCCCGCUCUGACCACCUGGCCCUGCACAUGAAGAGGCACCAGAAUUAGGAGCUGCCUCCCUUCCCACUUCUCCGAGAGCAGCUCAAACUCUUCCCUUCUCCCAGGGAAGGACCUGUACAUAGGCACGGCCCAGGCGGCAGGAGAGCCCUGCCAGCCCGGCCCCGACGCUGUCUGGUCUUACCAGAGACUGGAACCCCCAGCUCACCUCAAACCAGCCCUGACUGCAGACUGAGCUCCUGACAAGGCUCCUGGUGGCACUGGGGUGCUGGAGCUUGGAUACCCAAGGGCUUUCUUCUGGCAAUCCUGCUAUCUGUUCAUCACUCAGGAGCAACUUGGUGUCUCAAGGCCCUUUGGGAUGGGUUUUGCCCCUUUGGUGAAGCCCAGGAGGAUGUGACAGCUUGGCUGUGACAGCUCGCACUUGGACUCUCUAGGACAGUCCCAUGGCAUAGCCAUGGAUGUGACCAUGGACGUGGCACCUUAUCCUGUGGUGUGACCAUGGGUGUGGUACUGGUGCCAUGGUGUGGUCAUGGAUGUGGCACCUAUUCCAUGGCAUGGCUGUGGAUGUGACACUGUCCCCAUGGUGUGACCAUGGAUGUG